ACCAAUAGGAGGUCUGGUGUGGUGCGCCUGAUGAAAGGUCUCCUCCUCACAGAAAGGUGAAGAUCAAAACUGGAUAUUUCCAUUUCAGAGGACAUCGUUUUUCAGUGAAUUAUCUAUUAACAUAUCGAUAGAUGUGUAGAUUACAAUAAUCAAUGAAUGCAAUAUCGAAAUCGAAGGCGCACGAGUCUGCGUUGGGUUCCAGUCAUGGUACGCGACGGGCUAAAACAGUGAUCCACAAGCAGCGUGUCCUUCUCCUACGGAAUAACAGAACUAGGAGCGUUACUAAAUUUUUAGUUCACUUGUCUUGGCUCUGAUUUCAUCUCUGCAACUGAUAACUUCAAUGCGUUCAUCAUAAAUGUGCUGGCCAUGGAGACAGAGGUUACCCUUGGAUUGCAUCGACUUUGCCUUCUCCUGAUGUUAACGGCGUCUGCUUUGCCCCAUUAUUCCCAAGGCAGCUGGGUGUGGCUGGGAAUCACGUCCUUAGGGGUACCAGAAAAGAUGGGGUGUUCCAACCUGCCCCUGACGAACAGACAGAAGGAUCUGUGCAAGAGGAAGCCCUACCUUCUGCCGAGCAUCAAGGAGGGAGCCCGCUUGGCGAUCCACGAAUGUAAAAGUCAGUUCAAGCACGAGAGGUGGAACUGCACAACCGGCGCACAUCCUGAGGUGUUUGGAUAUGAGCUGACCAGUGGAACAAAGGAAACGGCUUUCAUUUAUGCUGUGACGGCAGCUGGCCUUGUUCACUCAGUGACGCGCUCCUGUAGCGCAGGCAAUAUGACCGAAUGCUCCUGUGACACCAGUUUGCAAGGCGGAGGGUCGCCCAGCGAGGGCUGGCACUGGGGAGGCUGUUCCGAUGACAUCCAGUAUGGAAUUUGGUUCAGUAGAAAGUUUAUUGACCAUGCAAUGAAGAACAUGACGCUUAAAGGUCAAGAUGCGCUUUUGACCAUGAAUCAGCACAACAGUGAGGUGGGCAGGCAGGCAGUGGGCAAGAUGAUGUCUACAGAUUGUCGCUGCCAUGGAGUAUCAGGAUCAUGCGCAGUGAAAACUUGCUGGAAGACCAUGUCCUCCUUUGAAAAAGUUGGAAGUUUCCUAAAGGACCGAUACGAAAACAGCAUUCAGGUCCUUGAUCGGUCAAAGAAAAAGGUGCGACGGAAAGAAAAAGAACAGCGUAAAUUUCCAGUUAGUAAGGAAGAACUCAUCUACAUCAACAAAUCUCCCAACUACUGCCUGGAGGAUCAGAAGGUCGGAAUUAGUGGCACUCGAGGCAGGGAGUGCAACCGCACAUCUUCUGGGCCCGACGGAUGUAACCUGCUAUGCUGUGGCAGGGGAUACAACACCCAUGUUGUGAGACACGUCGAGCGGUGCGAGUGUAAAUUUGUGUGGUGCUGCUAUGUACGCUGUCGGCGUUGUGAAAGCAUGACUGAUGUGCACACUUGUAAGUAAAGCCAGGACUGCAUAAAGGAAAGAAACAGAACUAAAAGAAAAGUGUGAAGCUGCCUGUUUGAAAACUGGAACCUCGGGAGAAGUGCAAGUAGUCAUCAUGAGGUGGAUGCUGAAAAAACACAACUGCCUACAUUCUAAAGUCACAUUUAUACUUUAAACAAGAAAUAUUUAAUAACUGCUUACCACAACUGAAUGAAUGUCUUUCAAGGUGGAGGAAUGAUACAGUGGUGGCACAAAGUAGAGAGCCACGUCAACAACGGAACAAGGGUGAAAAUUCAGCGUCAUUUGUACUUAGUUGAUGGUAAAGUGUUAACCUUCUGCAGAGCUGGGGUUGAUAACAAAAGAAACGACUUCUGAGCAAUGCAUGGGAAACAUGCACAUCAGUAAAAUGAUGAUAAAAAUGCUACAUAUUGCACUUGAAAAUAAUGGUUUUGAUUUCACCAAGCUGAAAGGGAGAGAUGCGUACACAAAAUAGAAAUACAAAAGGAAAAGUAGCUUCCCCUGUGGGUCUAGUUAAGCACCAGUGUUCCUUUGCGCUUUCUCUCAAUGUCUACCUUUGAAUCCAUUGCAGGGCCCAUGGGCUCUCCCCGUCUCUCUCUUUCCUGGGCCAUACUGUCACCCAGGCAGCUAAACCUUUGCUCCAUCCCAUCUCCAGACUCAUCGGCUCUGUCAGAGGUUGGUUACGUUCCAUCCAGGAUUGGCACACACGUCAAAAUCUAUAAAGCUCCCUAGUGGCUCCUGUGCCCAUCGCACACUUAAAUUCCAUGCCCUCCAGUCUUUCUAGAAACGAUGCCAGUGGAAAAUACAUCAUCGGCAGUUGCAUCACGUCCUGUUGAUUGUGCAGUGGGUGGCAUUUGG